UCUAGGUCGAACCAAGCAAGGCUGCGUGCGUGCUUACGUGAAAUAACAAACAUAAAUAUUAUUUAUCAUGGCGGACUUGAGGGGAAGCGGUGCCGUGUGCGACGAGUGGUGUGGCUGCCCUGUUCCUUGCUCCGGCGGCCUCGCUUGCAGAUGCUCUACAUCAAGUGGAGGAGUAGCGGCAACAACAGCGGGGGAUGAUCCGGCGAUAGAGCACAAGAGGUGCUCGUGCGGCGAGCACUGCGGCUGCAAUCCCUGCAACUGCUCUAAGAGGGUCACUACUACUUCUGGCUGCAAGUGCGGCACCGGCUGCACCUGCGUCAGCUGUGCUGCUUAAUGUCUCUACGACCCCGCCCCAUCCUCAUAUUAAUAAUUCCGUACUUAUAUGUAGUAGCCUAAGCCCGUGUCCCUGCCUUUUCUCUACUGUAUUCUGUUUCUCUCUGUCUGUGUAAUUAGCACCACCUUAUCCUUAUUUAUAUAUAGUUAAGGUGCAAGGGUACUUGGCGAUGGUGGUGAUGUGUACCCUCAUGUUUUAACUAAACAAAUAAAU